GGGAGGACCUCCGGGCUGCGCACGACGCCGUACUUUCUUCUCCAUUGGGUAGUCGAAGAGAACGGCUGCGUAACGAGCUAUCUACGAUCAUUCGAGUGGCUUUGUGCUCACACAGUGCAUCGUGGUGUGCCGCGUAACGUAACCUACGCGGGUAAUCCGGUAAUAUCGACAGAUAAAAAGCAGACGCGAUGGCCGAUCAGGAGAACAAGGAUUUCAGCGACGACAUCGCGGAACAAAACUUCGCAGAGCAGAACGGCGAGGCCGAGAACAACGGCGAGAACAACGUCGCAGAGAACAAUCAGGAGUCGCAAGAAGACAGGUCGGCCGGGGCUAACCAGGAUUCUCUGAACGAUAGGAAAUUAUUCGUCGGUGGUUUAAGCUGGGAAACGACAGACAAGGAAUUGCGAGAACAUUUCAGCGCAUAUGGUGAUAUUGAAAGCAUCAAUGUCAAGACAGAUCCAAAUACGGGACGAUCGAGAGGAUUUGCCUUCAUUGUUUUUGCUAAAGCUGAAUCUCUUGAUAAGAUUAUGUCUGCUGGUGAUCAUGUUAUCAAUAACAAAAAGGUUGAUCCUAAAAAGGCAAAAGCCAGACAUGGGAAAAUAUUUGUCGGCGGGCUUUCGACAGAACUUUCCGAUGAUGAUAUUAAGAAUUUCUUCUCACAGUUUGGAACUAUUGUCGAGGUAGAGAUGCCGUUCGACAAAACAAAAAAUCAGAGGAAAGGAUUCUGUUUCAUCACUUUUGAAUCUGAACAAGUGGUGAAUGAACUGUUGAAGACUUCGAAACAAACGAUAAAUGGUAAAGAGGUUGAUGUAAAGAAAGCAACACCCAAGCCCGAUGGAAUGAUCGGUAUGCGCGGUGGACCCGGCGGCCGUGGUAGUCGUGGCGCCAGAGGUGGCCGAGGUCGAGGAUUUGGUCAAGGUGGAUGGGGACAGGGUGGUUAUGGCGGUGGUUACAGUGGUGGCUACGGUCAAGGAGGAUACGGCGGUGGCUACGAUGGAUACGGAUACGAUUAUUACGGUGGGGGUGGGUACGGAGGUUACAGCGGCUACGACUACAGUGGAUACGACGGAUAUGGAUAUGGCAGUGGUAAUUACGACGGUGGCUACAGUGGCGGGCGCGGUGGCGCACGCGGUAAAGGAGGUUCAGGCUACGGUGGCAAGCAAAGGGGUGCUCGUCAGAACCAGAGGCACCAACCCUAUUAAUAAAGGAAUCCUCCUUAUUUAUGACCGCAAUGCAAUUCGCAUUGUAACUGCCGGUAUCGCAAGCCGCGGUUUCCGUUUACAAUCACAUUACAACUCGUCCAAUCAUUCCAUUCAAUAUGUAUCAACAUCGGCCAAUAUUCAGAAAAACAAGAUUCGAACAGCAUGAAAUUUUACAGAAACCGUUCCAAUAAUAUUUUGUUGAUUUUGUUUUUGUAUAUACAUAUACGCGCUUGCUUUUUUCAACUUAUAAAAACAUUUGCGUGCACGUGCGCACGCAUUGUGUAUAUCGUGAAUGAAUACCUAAUAAUAAUAGUAGAUUAUUUUAAUUUUUUCUACAAAACACGGCGAACAAUGAACUAUUAUAAAGCAGUAAGCACGCAAUAUGUUUCUAUAUGGCAUGCGAAAAAUCGAUUUAAAAACCGGAUAAAUCGUGCUGUUUAUAACGACCGUGUGAAAUAAUAUAAAAGGAUUACUUCUUCCUUAUUAGUAAGAUAUAAUAAUAGGAUUAAAUAAAUUCGUUUUGUGUACAUAAUAUAUAUCUCAUACAUACAUUUGUAGUUUUGUUCUGACCUCCUAUAUGGCAACUUAAUAUUUUUUUCUUUUUAAUACACGACAUGUACACAAGAUUUAUGUCUGGAACGUAGAGAUCAUCAUUUAUACACAUAGAUUUAAAUAAAAGACUGACACAUACAUAAAAUGGAAUUUAUCAGAUUUAUUAAUUAAAGAUCUUAUGCUCUACCGAUUCAUAACAUCGUUGUAGCACACACAUGUGUAAGCUUAAUAUGCAAACUAAUAUACCUGGUGUGUGCUAUGACAAGAUUUUGACUCGAUCAUAGAAAACAGCGCAUGUACAUUAUAUUUAUAUACAAACAAGUUCAUUCUAACACGAGAAGAUUGUCACAAUAAAAUUUUUAAAGUACAUCAGACGAUAUUGUAUUGAAAAUACAAUGUUGGGAUUAUGUAUUUUUUGUCCGAGUACAUAUUGUUCUGAUCUUAUGUCUCACAAAAGUAUUACGUUAUAUAAAUUUAAAAGGGAUGGUCUUAUGUUAGUGGUUUAUUUAAAAUAAAUUAUGUUUAUAUAUAUAUAUAUAUAUAC